AGACGUUAGAUCUUCAUUUUGAUUAAUUUGGUCUUUAUAUAAUCAAUGUUUCUAAGUUUUGGCGGGAAUCAAAUGUCAGUACACUCAGUCUCAUUGUCAGUUACGAUUUUCCAAUUAUUAAACAAAAGAUAAAAAGUUUAUAAAAUACCAACUUAUUUGUUUAAAACUUGAAUUUAAUGGGCAGUAGUGCGUAGAGCAAUUCUUAAUUGCAUUUUUGAAAAAGUGAAGCUUUAUAUUUAUUUAGUCUCGCAAUAUAGUAUUAUGUGGAACGAUCAGUCGGUAUCCGGUGGCGGAUUUUUCAAUUCUACAAAUCAAUUUGCAAAUGCUGCCACACCUAAUCAAGGACAAAAGUCUGGUCGUAGAUCUUCACGAACAGCGCCCAUCGUAAUAAAGCAAGCUUUGCAUUGUGGUGAUGAUGGUGUUAAAAUAUGGGGGACUGAAAUACAAUUUGUAUCUAUUGUUGCUCGUGUCCGAAACAUAAGAGUACAAAGUACAAAAAUAACAUAUACUAUACAAGAUUUAACAGGAAGAAUGAGAGCUGUGCUCUGGCUUGAUCAAGAAGCAAUGGAUGAGGAUGAUAAAUCUGCACCAAAGGUCCAAGUAAAUGAUUAUAUUGAAAUAUUUGGAAAUGUGAAAACAAAUAAAGGUAAAAAGGUAUUGAUGGCAUUCAAAAUAAAGCCUAUAACAGAUAUCAAUGCGAUAACAUUUCACUAUCUUCAGUGUAUCAAUAACAAACUUAAAAUGGAAGCUGAAUCAAAGAAGGAAAAACCUUCUAACCCUGCACAAUUUACAAACAAUUUGCCAGCAAAUUCACUAGUGGGUAUGGAUAAUGGGCAAGUCAAUGGAUUAAAUCCACGUCAAAUGAUGGUGUAUAAUCUAAUUCGAGCAGCUACUUUAGAGCAAGGAAUUAGUAAACAGGAUAUUUAUGUUACCCUAAAGGAUAAGAUGUCACAUAAUGAAUUUGAAAACAUUCUUGAGUGGAUGUGUAGUGAAGGCCAUAUCUACUCUACCAUAGAUGAAGAACAUUUCCGUGCCACUGAAGCCUUUUAAGCCUUUUACACCUUUUACUUUAAUAAAAUCUUGAUUAUAUUUACUACAA